ACAGAGAGAUGGAGACGGAGAGACAGGCGAGGAGGGAGAAGAUAAAAUCACGAGAGAUGGAUCGCAUGGCGUUGAUAACGGGUCGGAUCCCCAAUCUCGACCCAGGCAUAUCCAAAUCAACUUCAUUUUCUGAUAUUCGCACAAAUGAUUUGCCCAAGCACUCGCGCUCCUCAUCGGAACCUUCACCGCCCUGUUUGAUCCUCAAUCGCGCACACGGUGAAGAUGAUGAUGAUGAUGUGCCAAACACCGACAACGAUGAGGAUUUCUCCAAACAAAACACAGCUGCAUCCCUUCGCAACAGAAGAAACAGAUCAUCAUCAGCGCUGGUCGCCACACCCAAACGCGCCGCCUCACAGAAAUCAAAGCUUGCCAGGAAGCCAUUCGAGUAUCAUCUCUUCACGGUCACACCAAAAGAUAUAAACCAAAGCAUCAUAUCCUCGGAGAAGACGCGCUUGUUCUGCUCCUUGGCGAUAGCACUCCUCGUGCUCCUGUCUCACAUUGACCCCAUAUUCAUAGUAGUGAAGUCAGAGAGCCUCAUUGCCUCUAGGCCUCUGUACGCGGUGCUGCUGAGUGAUCUGUUGAUUGCGGCCGCCACAUUGGCACUUCUAUCAUUCUGGAGGGAGGCCGAGCAAGAAGUGGAAUUCGAGAAAGAUGUGAAUUGGGAUGGAGCUGUGAAGGUGUUGGAAUGGGGGAUUAUCUUGCAUCAGACAGCUCGUGCAAUCUUCAUAGACUGCAGCUUGUAUUUGGCUAUUGUUAUAUGCGGCCUCUCUCUCAUGCAUUGAUUCUUGGAUUUCUCAUCUCAUCAAGUAAGUUCACUCAUUCCUUGUGUAUAUAUAUUCAAAACUUUGAUAUCAUGUUCAAUAAAUUACACGAUUAUCACAAUAGAGCAACGGUGUUUAUCUAAUCCGAUUGAUUGCGUAAAGUCCGUGAGAGCAAAUAAAUCGGGAAAAGUAUACAUAAAUGACCAUUCUUUUCUGGUAUGUUAUAUUUUCUAUAAUAAGAUUAGUACUCCCUCCGUUUCGCCAUAA